AUGGAGGCUGCCAUUAACCACCUUGUCAACGUACAUCUGUGGGCCUCCUACACCUACCUCUCUCUGGGCUUCUUUUUCCAUCUUGACAAUGUGGCUCUGGAGGGUGUAGGCCACUUCUGUGAGUUGACUGAAGAGAAACGCAAAGGCACCGAACAUCUCUUGAAGAAGCAAAACCAGACUGGCAGCCGUGCCCUCCUCCAAAACAUUCCAAAGCCUUCCCAAGAUGAGUGGAGUAAAACUCUAGAUGCCACGGAAGCCACCAUGGUUCUGGAGAAGAACCUGAACCAGGCCCUUUUGGAGCUGCAUGCCCUGGGUUCUGCCCAAGCAGACCCCCAGCUCUGUGACUUCCUGGAGAACCACUUCCUAGAUGAGGAGGUGAAACUUAUCAAGAAGAUGGCGACCACCUCACUCACCUUCCCAGCUGGGCUGGGUUAG